GGGAGGGAGCCGCCGCCGCCUCCGCCGAGCCCGGCCCGGCCACGGGACCCGUCCUCGCCUGGGACUAGCGAGCCGGGCUGGCCGGGCCGGUGGGAAGGGAGGGGGCAGCGAGCCGGGGGCCCCCGGGCGGAGCGCCCUCCCCCACGCCGAGGCGGGGGCCCCGAGCCCGCAGCGCCGAGAACAUGAGUGAAAACCUGAAGGACUGUUUGAUCCAGACCCACACUUCCUUAGGGGAGAUGGUGACAAUAAAGACUGAGGCCUACUCUCCGUGCCGGGACCAGGAGUAUGGGCAACCCUGCUCUGGGAGGGCUGACUCUCAAUCCAUGGAAGUGGAGCCUAAGAAACUGAAAGGGAAGCGGGAUUUGAUCAUGACCAAGAGCUUUCAGCAAGUGGAUUUCUGGUUUUGUGAGUCCUGCCAGGAGUAUUUCGUGGAUGAAUGUCCAAACCAUGGUCCCCCCGUGUUUGUGUCAGACACUCCGGUACCCGUUGGGAUCCCUGACCGGGCAGCUCUGACCAUCCCGCCUGGCAUGGAGGUAAUGAAAGAACCCAGCGGGGAGAAUGACGUACGCUGUGUGAACGAGGUUAUCCCCAAAGGUCAUGUCUUCGGGCCGUAUGAGGGGCAGAUCUCCAGCCAGGACAAGUCAGCAGGAUUCUUCUCUUGGCUGAUUGUUGAUAAGAACAACCGCUACAAAUCUAUAGAUGGGACAGAUGAAACCAAAGCAAAUUGGAUGAGGUAUGUGGUCAUAUCCCGAGAAGAGAGGGAGCAGAACCUGAUGGCCUUUCAGCAUAGUGAGAGGAUUUACUUCCGAGCCUGUCGGGACAUCCGGCCUGGAGAGAGGCUGAGAGUCUGGUACAGUGAGGAUUACAUGAAGCGGUUGCAUAGUAUGUCCCAGGAGACCAUCAACAGAAACCUCACAAGAGGAGAUAAAAAAUUACAGAGAGAAAAGUCAGAAAAAAAUGUGGAAAAUCAACAGGAUAUGAGAGGCCCCCUCCAGCUCACCACGUUAAAGCAAGGGAAGAGCCCCUACAAACGCAGCUGUGAUGAGGGGGAAUCCCACACCCAGAUGAAGAAAAAGAAGAUAGAUCUCAUCUUCAAAGAUGUGCUGGAGGCUUCCCUAGAAUCAGCAAAGCGGCAAGAGCACCAGCUAACAAAAAGCACACCCCUUUCCAUUAGAAAGGCAUCCAAAUACCAGGCCGAAGACAUCUUUGAAAGGUGUGGAGCUGCCAUUCAGCAUAGCUCCCCAAACUUCAGCAGAAACCAAAAUGAAGGUGAAUGGAAGGUCCCCCAUGGUUCCUCUUACAGUGCGGCCAAAGAGAUGGGCCUCCUGGAAGAUGAAGACGAAGAGCCUCUGUCACUCACGGCAGACAGCCCGACUGAGCUAUCGCUAGCAUCGACUCAAGGCAACUCACAUGAAAUCCCCACAACUUCCUUCUGUCCCAACUGCAUACGGUUGAAGAAGAAGAUCCGUGAGCUGCAGGCUGAACUAGACAUGUUGAGAUCUGGAAAGUUACCUGAGCCACCUCUUGUACCACCUCAGGUACCCGAGCUCCAAGAGUUGUCUGACCCCACAGCUUCUGAAAGCAUCAUCUCUGUUCCCACAAUCAUGGAGGAUGAUGACCAGGAGGUGGACUCUGCUGAUGAAUCGGUUUCCAAUGACAUGAUAGCUGCGACAGAUGAGCCUUCAAAGAUGUCUUCUGCAACUGGCAGGAGGAUUCGACGCUUCAAGCAAGAGUGGCUUAAAAAGUUUUGGUUUCUUCGGUACUCCCCUACGUUGAAUGAAAUGUGGUGCCAUGUCUGCAGGCAGUACACGGUGCAAUCCUCUCGGACUUCAGCCUUCAUCAUUGGCUCUAAGCAGUUUAAGAUACACACUAUAAAGCUUCACAGCCAGAGCAACCUCCACAAGAAGUGCCUGCAGCUCUACAAGCUCAGGAUGCAUCCAGAGAAGACAGAAGAGAUGUGCCGAAAUAUGACCCUGCUCUUCAACACAGCCUAUCACUUAGCUCUGGAAGGCAGGCCCUACUUUGACUUUAGGCCUCUUGCAGAACUACUGAGAAAGUGUGAACUCAAAGUGGUGGAUCAGUACAUGAACGAGGGAGACUGCCAAAUCUUAAUCCAUCAUAUCGCCCGGGCUCUGCGAGAGGAUCUGGUAGAACGUAUCAGGCAGUCUCCCUUUCUCAGCAUCAUUCUGGAUGGGCAGAGUGACGACUUGCUUGCCGACACAGUAGCGGUUUACGUUCAGUACACGAGCAGCGAUGGACCUCCAGCAACUGAAUUCCUGUCUCUUCAAGAGCUGGGCUUUUGUACAACAGAUAGUUACCUCCAAGCAUUAGACAGGGCUUUUUCCAGUUUGGGAAUAAGAUUGCAGGAUGAGAAACCAACUAUCGGCUUGGGAGUAGAUGGUGCUAACAUUACUGCCAGCCUGAGAGCCAACUUGUUCAUGACAAUCAGAAAGACUCUGCCUUGGUUGCUUUGCUUACCCUUUAUGGUACACAGGCCCCACUUGGAAAUUUUGGAUGCCAUCAGUGGGAAAGAGCUUCCAUGUCUGGAGGAGCUAGAAAACAAUUUGAAGCAAUUGCUUAGCUUUUAUCGUUACUCUCCCAGGCUGAUGUGUGAGCUGAGAGUCACUGCUGCCACUCUUUGUGAAGAGACAGAGUUCUUGGGAGAUAUCCGAGCAGUGAAGUGGAUCAUAGGGGAGCAGAAUGUCCUCAAUGCGCUGAUCAAGGAUUACCUUGAAGUCGUGGCCCAUCUCAAAGAUGUCAGUGGUCAGACACAACGGGCAGAUGCUUCUGCUAUUGCCUUGGCUCUCUUGCAGUUCCUUAUGGACUACCAGUCAAUUAAACUGAUCUACUUCUUGCUGGAUGUGAUUGCUGUGCUUUCGCGCCUCGCUUACAUCUUCCAAGGUGAAUACCUCCUUGUGUCACAAGUGGAUGACAAAAUAGAGGAGGCUAUCCAGGAGAUCAGUAGGCUGGCAGACUCGCCUGGAGAGUACUUGCAGGAAUUUGAAGAGAACUUCCGUGAAAGCUUUAACGGAGUUGCUGUGAAAAACCUGCGGGUGGCUGAAGCCAAAUUCCAGUCAAUCAGAGAAAAGAUCUGCCAGAAGACCCAGGUAAUCCUGGCCCAAAGGUUCGAUUCCCGUAGCCGAACAUUUGUGAAAGCGUGUCAGGUGUUUGAUCUUGCAACUUGGCCCAGAAACACAGAGGAGCUCAUGAACUAUGGAAAGGAGGAUAUGGUACAAAUAUUUGAGCACCUGGAAGCUGUUCCAUCAUUUUCAAGAGAAGUUUGCAGAGAGGGAAUGGACACCAGAGGGAGUUUGCUGAUGGAAUGGAGAGAACUCAAGGUGGAUUAUUAUACCAAAAAUGGUUUUAAAGACUUAAUCAGUCACAUCUGUAAAUACAAACAGAGAUUCCCACUCUUAAAUAAAAUAGUUCAGAUCCUCAAAGUCCUUCCCACCUCAACAGCCUGCUGCGAGAAGGGGCGCAACGCCCUGCAGAGAGUGCGCAAAAACAACCGCUCUCGGCUUACUCUGGAACAGCUCAGUGAUCUUUUGACGAUUGCCGUUAAUGGGCCACCCAUUGCCAACUUUGAUGCCAAGAGGGCACUAGAUAGUUGGUUUGAGGAGAAGUCAGGCAAUAGUUAUGCACUGUCAGCAGAAAUGCUGAGCAGGAUGUCCUCCCUUGAUCAGAAGCCGAUGUUGCAGAGCAUGGACCAUGGCUCUGAAUUUUACCCCGAUAUUUAGGAAGGAAUGCCUCAAAUUCUGAAAGCUGUUGAAUAAUUUUUUUAGUCUAUACUCUAAACUUUGAUAUAUUAUAUAAAAUAUAUAUAUUAUAUAUAUAUAUAUAAAAAACUCACACUGAAAAUUAAAAAGUUAAGGCGAUGUGCGUCUGGUAGAAGCUAAGUGGAAUUUUAAGAAAGAGACAAUAUUUGAAAUUUACUGAUUUCUCCAAACAUGGCAGCUGCAGCGUAGGUGGCAACAUUUCAUUUCUCAGAAGCAUGUGCUGGGGCCAUACUCUACAUGUUCAAACCUAACAAUCAAUCUAUAAGCUAGAUGACGGGUCUCUGUCAGCCUCCUCCUCACAGUUGUUUUCCUUGUGUGUUUGUGUGCGUGUGUGGUGGCGGUGGGGACGAGGGGUACCCCCUGCCUUUCUUUUCAUUGUUUAGUCUAGUUAUGAGCCAUUUGAGCCAUUCACUGAUGGCUGUCUGAUUUCCAACAGAGUGACUUGUGCAUGUGUAUUGGGAUCCCUCCCCAGCUCCCCAACUUCACCUUGUUUUCUUGUUUAGAAGUGGAAGCUUUAUUCACUUAUGCAGGGUGUUGGAUAUUUUUUCCCUAUUUUAAGAACAAAUAUAUCAGCUAAACUGUGAUGCCCAUUUCUCAGUCCUCCCCACUGGUGGGCUGUAGAGUAAGGCAAAGCUUUCAGGUCCCCUGGUGAUAACCCCAUUACCGUUCAGACAUAUUAUAACAAUGUCAUGUGCAGACUGUAAGAUAGUAUAAUGGAGAAGGCAUGGGGAGUUUUUUGCAUUUAUAUUUUUAUAUUGUAGGAGAUUUAAAAAAAUUAUACAACUGUUCAUUCAGAACCAGGGCUGCUGUGGAAGUGAGACAGCCAAUGAGUCAAGACCCAUCAGAGGGUGGAGAUUUCAGGGCUUAAAAAUUAUAUUCUGAUUUACAUUAUUUAUACUCUGUCUUUAUAAUCAUAGAUUGUUGUGGUUUUGGUUUUAUUUUCUUGAAUGAGUGAAAAAACACCUGCUCUAAUUCCGUGGCAGGGAAUAUCAAUGCAAGAUCUAUCUUGGGUUAUAAUGGUGUGAUGAUGUAUUUUUAAAGGUUCAUGUAUUCUCUUGUGACCAAGGUGAUAUGUUUCACAGCAUGGCAGAAUGGCAACAAAAGGAUGAAGAAUGCUGUACUUCCUGUGAAAUAUUUUGUCCUUCCUUGAAAGGGCGCGAAGUCCAGCAGAAAUGUGGAAGUAGCACUUUCACCUUGAAUCGCAAAUGAGUGUUUUUUUUUAACAGACUCACACGUUCACACAAUUAUCGCUUCAGGUUAGAAAAGAAAAAAAAGGUGCAAAAACUCCCCAGAUGCUAGUGCCUUGCCUUUCUGAUGUGUAUGGGCAGCACCAAUCUGACCAGAGCAUCACGGGAGUUGAGACCGUGUUGUCCAGAAGAAUCAGGCUGGCAUGUUCCCAAUUCCCAGAGGGAAACGUCUUGUGCCAAGCUGUGUUGUUUGGAAACAUGAUGGUGAUGUCAGCAACACUGAACCUUUCCUUUCUACUGCUACCCUCCGCCCUUGGUCUUGGUGCUAAGAUAUCUCUAGAACCGUUGCUGCUAGUUGAUAGUUUUUCAUUUAUAUAAAUAUAUAUAUAUAUAUAUAUAUAAUUAUUUUAUUUUUAAACUUUUUUUGUUUUUAAUGGUGAUGUAGCAUGUUUUAAAUCUAUCUCUCUUGGAGUCACUUCUACUGCCAGGGUUCGCUCACUGUCUUCCCCAACAAAACACACACCACUGCCUGGAUCCCGCCGCACCGUCCAAACUAAUUUGUGCUGAACAGCAGCACACAGGUCAUGUGGAGGCAUGUGGCUGAGCCACCACAUUCCGGCUCAGCUCCUAAGCCCAAGGGAAACGGCAGAACUUGUAUGUCUGAUGGGUUUGAAAGUGCAUCCUGUCUAUCCAUACAUUACCCCUUAUGGGGUGUGUUGAGGAGUGGAGUUGGAUACUGUUUGAAGCAUUAAUUGUGAUGACUUCCUGUGUUCCUUACCCUAAUCCUGCCACACAUACUAUAUAGCAAGGAUGUUUAGCUGGUCACUUUUGAAAGGGUUACAAUAGACCAAGGAGCCUCUGAAUUCAAAUAGUGAAGUGUGGGAGGAAAGCAAUACAGUUUGCAGCACUUAACUUCUUCCUUUCUGCCCCUGCCAUUCCCCAUACAGUAUAUGGAAUGAGUGUGCUAGUGCAGACGUGCCAGAGUGAGCUUGAUAGGUAAUGUCUAGUGUACAUCAAAAUCACCAUUAAGAAUCAGGAACUGGCAUGUUUCCCCCUGGAAUCCCUUAGAAAUCAACAAGUGAGUCAGGUCAUGACACUGUUCCAUAUCAGCACAGGGGAAGGCAAUGUAAUACCUGGCAAGUGAAUAAUGGUAAUAAACUGCUGAAAUCCCCUUCACUCCCAACAAAGCCUUGCAACAGGAUGACCCAUCCUCCCAAAUGAGGAGAGCUCUAGACCAGAGGCCCAGUGGAAUUGGGCAGACUCAAACAGCUCAUUGCUUAGCUGUAAGAGGGGAAGCUCUUUCUAGAGACCCAAGGUGUUCACAGCCCCUACUGGCCUGGGAAGUAAAAAACUGCUCAUUGUACUGUCACAAUACCAUUAGAUCAAUUUCCUUUUGGGGGCUGUUCUGCCACCUUUUUAAAUUAAAAUGUGAGAAGAUAAAAAUUGAAAUCCGCAAAAGAACCACUGCACCACUCUUGAACUCUGAGCUAUAGCCAGACAAUGUGAACUGGAAUGCUACUGCGGGAGGAUACUGGGCAUACUGCAGGGAAUUUCUCUUUCUUAUGACAGACAAAUAUCUAGGAAAUCUGCUGCAAAGUGAAUUGUAACAGUAGAAAAAGUGCUUGAUAUAGACGGCUGUGAGUGUGAGGGAGACUUUAAAGACAGCUUCCCCCUCUCCCCUUUUUGUAUUUCUGUGCUCCCGUUUUUGUGCUCAGCACAAGAACUUGGAAGAUCCGAGUGUUCCACACUCCUCGUCAUGAAAAAUCUGUAUAUUCCAUUUGCAGUAGAAUAAGUAAUUUGGCACAUGGCCCUUUUUCAAACUGGAGCUGCAAACUCCGUGGCCGUCUUUCUGGAAAGGUCCAGCCCCAAAAUAGUUUUUAAAUAGUAGAGCUCACUAGGUCCUGGUUCAAACCAGUGUUAAAGCCACAAACAAGCCUGUUUACAACCUCGAUAUUGAGUACCACCAGAGACUGGCUCAAAAGUGACUCAAACACAACUCAUCAUUGGUGACAUCUCUCAUAACAAGUUCUCAACAGUAGAAUGAAAUGUGUAUAGGGUUACUUUCUACCCAUUCUGUCUGUAAAGCAGCGAGGGCUUCUCUUGCAAAAAAUACCCCACUUGUGUGUCAGUGAUAUGAGUGACUCCUAGUGGCUGGAUCUACUGUUUCUGUCAACUGGAAAGGCAAGAGAUGCCUAGUAUUUAGCUGUUAAAAGCAAAAAGCGUUCAGUCCAAUAACUAGCUGAACCACACUUACGGAGAUUUAUUUCAUUAUCAUCUUUUUAACUGUUAGUUAGCCAGUUUCUCUCACAGGCAAAAGAGGCUGAAAUGUGCUGGGUUGUAGUGAUGACUGAGGGACAGCAGAGGGUGCCAGUUCACAACAUUGGUUGGGUUCCAGUGUAGCUGUAGCUGCAUCACAUAAUGUACUACCGUUCAGAAAUCUGAUGGGGUAGAUGUAGACAUCUUGGACAGAUUCCUCCUGAGGUGGGAAGAUUAAUGGGAUCCGGUUUAAAUUAUUCCCCUCCUGCUCCAUUUUAACCAACAGGCGAUUGUUUUGAAUGUGUUGUUCAUGGUAUCUUGAACGUCUUCAAGAGCAAAGAAAUAAUGGGUUUGUUAUUCCUUGAAUAAGCUUAGCCUUUUUUCUUUUCCGUCUUCUUUAAGGCAGCUGACCGUGAAUCACAUGCACUUCUCCAGACCCUUGGUUUUGUAGCCCUUGGGUUUUUUGGUUGCCGAAAUCCUACCCUCUUUCAGGCUCCUAUACUCCUUUAUCCUGCUUGUUGGCAGAUAUCCACUAAGCACACGGAUGUUUUCUUCUACAGAGCUUGCCAGUAGCUGCAUGAAGUCUAGGCCUCCUGACCACUAGGCUAAUCGCAACAGGGACAAUCCUAAUGGCCCAGGAAACCAAAGCUCUUCCUGUACUAGCAAGAGUGUAAGGAUUACAUAUGCAUGCUACAAGAAUCAUGUACCAAAUAUGCAAGAGUGUCCCUAAGAAGGCAUUGUCCUGGAAUGUUCUUUGCAUUAAACCAUGAAUUGAUCUCUGUGGUAUGCAUGUUUGGUGGUAUGGAUUCUCAGAUGCUUUUCAGGUUCUAAAUACAUUUCUAUCCCACAAUGCAAACUCAGCCAGUUCGCCACUGGGGCUCUUUGAAAUUACAUUUCUUUCUUAACUUGUUAAUAUUGCUAUUUGCUUGGCCAAUGGACAGUUUCCUUGGCAAACAUUCAGUAACAUCUGCUUUAGCCAGAUUCCUCUCUCAACCGCAUAAAAAGAGGUUGUAAAAGUAAAGAAAUGGUACGUUGAUCCCCCAACCAUUGUACUGUCAAUCCAGUAAUGCCUAUGCAAAAUUCCUGUCUCCCUUGGAGACAUGUAUAACGUGUGUGCAUGUAAGCUAGUGUAUGUAUACAGUACCUAUGCAUACAGUCUAUAUAUUGUAUAUACGCACAUCCCAGUACAUUUUCACACAGCGUAAGAAAUAAAAAUCACAUGCCUAUAUAUCUAUAAAUAAAAUCCUAUAUAUUUAUAUAUUUCUAUGUUUUCAAUAGAUAUAAACCUAUAAUAUAGAAUCAAUUGCCCUUGUAUAAACCUGGCCCUGGCCCUGUGUUCUAGUGAGAGGUAUGUAAUACAGAAGACUGAGGACUUCAGUACAGCUUUAAGCUUAUGCUGAGGGGGUCUACAUUUGUGUGUAUAGGGACUUUGCUGUGGUCAGGACAAGGGGGUUCUUUCCUUGUAUGUUAAAUAAGGUGCUAAAUAAGGCUUGUGGAACUGUAGUAUUGGGACUAUGUCUUGGUGAUGGAGAAAGAUGAACGCCCUUGUCUUCUUUCGGAUAAGCGUACCAUAGCUCCUGUGUACUCACACUUGGGCUGAUACAUAUCUCACCCCUUUAUGCACUUUUCUCUCUCUUCAUGGAGAUGUUCAAUGACCAGGGGUCUGAAUGCAGUGAAGAUGUGGCUUUCUGCUUCACCUGGUUGGCAUUCCUUGGUGGCCACCAACAUGCAGUAAGCGGGAACCAGUACUCUUCAGUAACUAGUCCAGCGCAGUAUAAUAGAAUUUGUUUAUAUGUAGUAUAUUUCACACACAGCAUCAGCCAAUGUUUUAGAGAUGGGGUUAGAAUAAAACAAGAGCGAGAGAAAAUGCAGAGCUGGUGCAGUCGCUCUUGUACAAUCAGAGAUGGGAGGAAUGAUGUAUGGAGAGGGAGUAGAACAAAAGAAAAUGGACCGUGAGUUAGGAGUGAUAAAGAUGUGUGUGUUCAUACUGAACUGGGAAUCAUACCUGCAGUUCCACCAAAUUGAGCCGUUAGGCCACUUCCCUUACAGUGGACCCAAUGAGUGCAAUUGCACUGAUGUUCCUCGGUGAGUGCCGUGUUUCACCAAGGGCAGCUAUUUCUCAGUUGUUAACUGAUAAUCUAGAUGGCUUUCUUGGUGGAGAAGAGAAUUAUUUGGCUAAGUGAAGGACACUGUAAAUGACACAUGAUGGACACUUAAGCUAAUAGACAAGGUGCAUUGAGAUUGCUGAGUUGAGCCAUUCAGGGGGCUCAACACCUCACCCCCUCCCUUGAAAAGAAAACUAAGAUAAAUAUUUUUCUAUGACUGGCAGUUCCAACUUGAGGCCUUCUUGGUGGAUCCAGGACACAGCUUCCAUGGAUUGACAUUUACAGAGUGUGUGCUAAUGUCUACGCCUCUUUCCCUUCUUCCCCUCUCCACACGAAAUUGCUGCUGUGGACAGAGCUGUGCAUAUUACACUGGCCUGCCUCCAUAGGGACGCUUUUCAUGUGUGAGGCAGGACAGGAUGACUAGAGUAGCUUUCCUUUCAAAGGUAAUGGAUUCAUUGUUGCUCCUCCCUGAGAGAGAGCUGUUGUAACGCCAAAGGAAGGGAAUGGAGAUUUGGCUUUCCAGCUCCAGAGUCAGCCUAGCAACCACUUAACUUCUUAUGUUUGCUUUCAUUUUUCAUUUCUUUUGGGAGGAGGGAGAGUUCGGUGCAUUUUAGCUCUGACUGUUGAGUGACUAGUUACACUGGUAUUGCAUUAGCAGAUGCUGUGCAGACUUCCCCCAUGCAACCUCAAUCCCCUGCUAUCCUGGGCCUCUCCCUUCACACAACUCUGCUAAUAUGCCUCAGUCACAAACCUGCCUUUCCUGAGUCUCUCUGAACUAUGACUGCCAAUUGUGCUGAAUGGCACCAAGUUAAACACAUACAGCAGAGAGAAACUAGUACCAGUUCCUCAUGAACCUCAUGGAUGGUUUCCCCACCCCUCGCCUUCUCCUGAAAAUGCCACUGACAUUAAACUCAGUUAGCAAACCAACCCCCAGUCCACAUGCUGCCAAUAGAGUAUUUCCUGCCUGGCAUUGGAAUCCUUUAUACACUGCACCUCAUGUACAGAAUGCUCACUGGGCUGUGCGGGGGAGCCACGUCCCAUAUGUUAUUGGAGGGCUAUUAGGGUUCCUGUCAUUCAGGCUUCCUCAGACUCAUCAACCAUUUUACACAAUACAUUUUUGUUUAACUUCCUACAGAAAACAAAGUCUCUACCUUCCGCCCACCCAAAGCACAGCCCUGCUGAACUGUUUGUUCCAACCACACACACACACACACACACACACACACAAAAUGAGAGAAAAAAAUAUCUAGAAGUCUAUUAUUACAUAUGUAUUAAUAUGUUAAUAUCACACUUUCGGAGAACGUUAAAAUGUUAUUACUUUGCAGACUAUGCUUUAUAGUACCUGUGUGAAAGGACCUAGGACACUGGAUACGAAUAGAGCUAUGUUGAUAUAUCAUAGUAUGUACACGAGAACUUUCCUUUUGUCAUAUUAUCCUUGUAAUGUAAGAUGAUUGUUAAUAAAAACAUUUAAAUUUA